GACAUUGACGGCAAAUUAAGAGCAGUCAAUGAAAAAAUCAAAAAGGAAGUCCAAAUGCGGCAAGCCGCCGAGAGGGUUAAAUCCCAAACUACCAAUCCUCAGGUUCUAGCGCAGUGUGAACAAAACAUUGUUGACGCCGCAAGGAAUAUAGAUUAUUUACAAAAAGAGUUAGAAAGGCUGCAAAUAAGGCAACGUAAUAGUUUACAAUAUCCUACACAACCUGGCCAACAACCCUAUCAACAGACGUCUCCUGGUGGAAAUUUCUCACCAAUAUCGCCACAUCAUUCUUAUUCUUAUCCACAACCAAACCAACAAUUUAAUUACUCUAAUGUACCAGCACGAAAUCCUUCUUUAGACCAAAAUUAUGAUUCAUCGAUACAGCCUGUACGGAGGAGUGGAUUAUCCAAUUUGGACCUUAUUAAAUCGGACGCUCCUUUUGCCCGCCAAAAAAUAUCACUGAAACUUCACGAACUCGAAUUCAAACUUGAUGUUGAACGAAGACUUAAGGAAGGUUCGGAGAGAAUGAGUGAGGCAGUUCUUUCACAAGAUCCAAAGAAUAAAAAAGGCAUCGCAGAUGUUCAGAUUCAAACAUUGGAGAGUAAAGAAAAGAUUUCUUUAUUAACAAGAUCGCUACAAAAAUAUAGAUCAUUAUAUAUUGUAGAUGAAGAAGAAGACGAUGAAAUUUUACCACGGCAGCGUCGUCCUGUGACAGGAAAACUUGAUAUUCGUGUACGUAGUGCACAGCAUUUGGCACAUGCCCCCAUGCGCACGUCAAAAUCUCCAGAAACCACUGUUGUCAUUAAAAUUGAUGGUUCGACAAAAGGCAAGACAAAGACUUCGCGUAACGAUCGUUGGAAUGAAGAUUUCGAAAUUCAUGUAGAAAAAGCUAGUGAAAUUGAAAUUACAUUAUAUGAUAAGCCUCAUGAACAUCCGCAACCUAUUGGUCUCUUGUGGAUUAAAAUUUCUGAUAUUGCUGAAGAACUUAGGAAAAAAAGGAUUGAGGCUGAAAGUGGUCCGGGUUGGGUUACUGCUUCUAAUGCUCAAUUUGAAAUGCAAUCUUCACCCACUUCUGCUAUGAAUAAUAAUAAUGGACCACCAUAUAGCAUACCUUAUUCUUCUGCUCAACCUCAACAAGGUGCUGGAACAGCUGUUCUACCAGAUGGUAUUGAGGCAUGGUUUGACGUUGAACCAGUUGGUCAAAUAUUAUUAAAAUUAAACUUUGUGAAAGAGAUUGCGAGCAAGCGUCCAGAUGCUGGUCUUGGCCGUCAAGGGGCUUUCCGUAAACGCAAAGGAGAAGUGCAUAAACAGAAUGGACAUAAAUUCAUUCAACAAAUAUUCUAUCAAAUCAUGAAGUGCGCUUAUUGUGAAGAAUUAUUUGUGAACGAAGGAUAUCAAUGUGACGAUUGUAAAUUGACUUGUCACAAGAGAUGCUACACUAAACUAGUGACGAAAUGUAUCACCAUGUCACACGCGGAAAUGGAUUCUGACUACAAACAACUCAAUCAUCGCAUUCCACACCGUUUCGAACCUAUAACUAGUAUUAUUGCAAAUUGGUGUUGCCAUUGUGGUUAUAUUUUACCGUUAGGCAAGAAAGGGGCGAAGAAAUGUACUGAUUGUGGCAUUACUUGUCAUUCAAAAUGUGCACAUCUGGUUCCUGAUUUCUGCGGAAUGAGCAUGAAACGUGCAAGUGAUAUGAUCGAGCAAAUUAGAUAUAGCGUUGAGGCUAGGAAUGCCCACAAAUAUCGAGAUGCACAUAGUAAUUUCCAAGGUCAAAUGCCGGUAAUAACAUCACCUAUUCCAGAAAGGCCUCCUGGCCAACUGCCUGCAGUUUCAAUACCUCUCUCUAAAGAUAAACCUGAUUCCGUAAUCAGUGCGACACGUAAAGUCGGAUUAGAUGAUUUUAAUUUCCUUGCAGUCUUGGGUAAAGGAAAUUUUGGCAAGGUCAUGCUUGCAGAAGAAAAAUAUACCAAAAAUUUGUAUGCUAUAAAAGUGUUGAAAAAAGAAUUUAUAAUUGAAAACGAUGAAGUUGAAAGUACACGUUCCGAAAAGCGUGUUUUCCAAGCAGCUAAUCGUGAACGUCAUCCCUUUCUACUUGGCUUGCACUCUUGUUUCCAGACAGACACCCGCAUUUAUUUUGUUAUGGAGUAUGUUAGCGGUGGUGAUUUGAUGUUGCAUAUUCAAAGAGAGCAAUUCACUUAUCGACGUGCGCAGUUCUACGCGGCCGAAGUUCUACUUGCUUUAGAGUAUUUACAUAAACAAGGCAUUAUAUACCGUGACCUUAAACUCGAUAACAUAUUACUCACUCUUGAUGGACACAUCAAAAUUGCAGACUAUGGUCUUUGUAAAGAAAAUAUGGGGCAUGGUGAUACGACAAAUACAUUUUGUGGAACACCAGAAUUUAUGGCGCCUGAGAUACUUCUGGAACAACGAUAUGGCCGUGCGGUCGACUGGUGGGCCUUUGGUGUUUUGAUAUAUGAAAUGCUUCUUGGACAAUCGCCUUUCCGUGGCGACGAUGAAGAUGAAAUAUUCGAUGCAAUUCUAGAAGAUGAAAUUCUUUAUCCGAUAAAUAUGUCUAGAGAUUCGGUAUCAAUAUUGCAGAAGUUACUUACCCGUGAUCCAGAACGACGUCUUGGUUCAGGGAAAAGUGAUGCAGAAGAAAUCAAGCGCCAUCCUUUCUUCAAGGGUGUAAAUUGGGAUGACAUGCUUGCUAAGAAAGUGCCACCACCUUUUUAUCCUACAAUUGCAUCUCCCACAGAUACUUCCAAUUUUGAUGAAGAAUUCACGAGAGAAGAGCCGGUUCUUACUCCUGUUCAUAGUAAACUAACUAUGGAAAAUCAAGAAGAAUUCCUUAACUUCUCAUAUGUGUCAGAUUGGGUUUAUAAUGGGCAAAAACAAUAA